UGGACAACAGACCAAUGUUUGAAGGAACGUUUGUCCUAGCCACCCUGGCAGAAAAGUCUGAUUCACAGAUUUCUAGAAGUCAAAGCACAAGCAAGCAAACUGCACAAACAACCCACACUCCAAAGACAGUUCCUAGGAUACGUUCAAGCUCACAAAUCUCCACAAAUAGAAGCCAAAAUUCCACCUUUGAUAACAUGAGAAGUGAACAAUCAACUUUACGGAGGUCAGAUCAAAUUGGGGAGGUUUCAAGUCGUCUUUUUGAGAAAAGAGCUAGCCUAUCAUCUGCCCAUAACUCAUCAGCUCUCCAAACAAGCAGUCAGAGCAGCCUAGAGAAUAAGCCCAUCCUACCCUCCUCUCCCCUGCGCCUUGCAAGGGCCAGCACCACAAAUGGCAACACGUCCCACAUAAACAUGUCCAUGCGAGAUGACUCCCUACCCGACUUGAAUGGGGACGAAGGUGAGAGAGAAGAGGAGGACAUUCCUGGGACACCACCGGCUAAGAGAGCGAAAAAAUUCAUCUUCCAACGGUGCUUUGAGUCGACAUUCAACCCAGAAGAUGUACCUGGUCAUGACAGGGUUUUGGCCGAGGACUCGGAUGAGGGCUUUUGAUAAUGCCUCUUCUCUUUUUUUUUCUGUUUCCCUGUUUCU